AUGCAGCUGCAAAUCUUCUUGUUCCUGGCAUUAUUUUUAUUUGCAUUUGCUAAUGCAGAAAUCUAUCUGUCAUCUUGCGCUCGUAUGGAUACCCCAGUUUUGUCAAAGGUAGCACAAGGACUCUGCAUCAGUUCUUGUAAAUAUCAGAACUGCGGCACCGGCAGCUGCAAAAAACGAUCUGGUAGAACAGUAUGUGUCUGCAAUCGUUGUGCGAAUGGUGGUGGUGAGUGGCCAAACGUACCGUCAGUCAGUGUUAAGAAAGGCAGAAAAUAA